ACAGUGACUGUGUUUCCCUCAUCCUCUGAUUGAUCCGUCAUGACCGGGCAGAGCGCCUGCGCGCCGGAGGAGGGCGCUAUACGCAUCAAUGUGGGAGGAUUCAGGCGGCGGCUGCUGUCCAAGCGACUCUCUCGCUUCCCCGAGACCAGACUCGCACGCCUGCUGAGGUGUCGGUCCAAAGAGUCCAUCCUCGAACUGUGCGACGACUACGACGACUCUGAGAACGAGUUCUACUUUGACCGCAAUCCGGCGCUCUUCCCUUAUGUUUUACACUUCUACAACACGGGGAGGCUACACGUCAUGGAUGAACUCUGCAUCUUCUCCUUCAGUCAGGAGAUCGAGUACUGGGGAAUCGACGAGCUGUUCCUGGACUCGUGCUGCAGCGGAUCCUAUCACUGCCGCAGGAUGGAGCCCGAGGAGGCGGACUGGGACGACAAGAGCACCACUUCAUCUUUUGAUGAGAUCCUGGAGUUCUACAACGAUGCCGGUAAAUUUGACAAGCAGCUGCUGGGAAGCGUCCGGCGGAGAAUCUGGUUGAUGUUGGACAAUCCUAGCUAUUCGAUCCCCAGCCGGCUCAUCAGUAUCUUCUCCAUUCUGGUGGUGGUGGGCUCCAUAGCCACCAUGUGCAUGAACAGCAUGAGCGAGUUCACACUGCUGGACGCCGACGGCGGGCCCCGCGAGGAUCCUCACUUCGAGGCUGUGGAGCACUUCGGCAUCGGCUGGUUCACGCUCGAGCUGCUGGCCAGAUUCGCUGUGGCUCCGGACCUUCUGCGUUUCUUCGAGCACCCGCUGAACCUGAUCGACCUGGUGUCCAUCCUGCCCUUUUACUUGACCCUGCUGAUGCACCUGGUGGCGGAGAGCGGCCCGGCGCUGGCGAACCUGGGCCGAGUGGCUCAGGUGCUGAGGCUGAUGAGGAUCUUCCGCAUCCUGAAGCUGGCGCGUCACUCCACGGGCCUGCGCUCGCUCGGAGCCACGCUCAAGAACAGCUACAAAGAGAUCGGCCUGCUGCUGCUGUAUCUGGCCGUCGGAGUGUCCUUCUUCUCCGUCAUGGCCUACACCGUGGAGAAGGAGGACAACGAGGGACUGAACACCAUCCCGGCCGGCUGGUGGUGGGCCACGGUCAGCAUGACCACCGUGGGAUACGGCGACGUGGUUCCCGGCUCCGUCGUGGGCAAGUUGACGGCCUCGGCCUGCAUACUCUCGGGAAUAUUGGUUGUCGUGCUUCCGAUCACUUUGAUAUUUAAUAAAUUCUCUCUGUUUUAUAAGAGACAGACACAGCUGGAGACCGUCAUGCGGAGCUGUGACUUCGACGGGGGAAUAAAGGAGGCUCCAUCUGUGAAUCUGAGGAAUUAUUAUGCUCAUAAAGUCAAAACACUGAUGGCCAGUCUGUCCAACAUGAGCUGCAGUUCACCCAGCGAUCACAGUCUAAACAUGUCUCUGCAUUAG